UUUUUUUUUUACACUGAUUGCUUUUACACCCAUAAAAGAUGUAAAAGCAAUGAUUUCUCCUUCUCUCUAGCUGCAUUCUUGCAGCUAUUGAGAACUACUGUGUGAGCUGUGAUUGGUCACAGCUUGUCACAUGGUACAAGGCUGUUGUGAAUAGCCUUGUACCAUAUUUCACACGUAGUAAGCAAUGAUGUCAAUCAGUGAUCACAUGAUCGGGACCUCGCACAGAGGUCCCGUCCGAUGAUUGGUGUUCCACUGUGUCCGGAAGACACAGCGGGCACCGGAUCGUGGUGCUGUGCAAUCCCAAGGGAGAGCGCACAAGCAGGGUGCAGGGAGGCCGUUUAUAAACGGCCACCCAACCCUGCACUGCCACCGUCCGGCUGUUUAUAUACAUGGCCUGGACGGGAAGUGGUU